AUGGUUUUCUUCAGGUCCAUGGAUGCUCAAUUACCAGAGCCUAUCCUCGGUGAUCCGUAUUCACAGGGGAUCUUGGACAGAUGCGACGUCGACUUGAAGGCAGGUCACUUCAUCAGAGAUGAUCACUUCAUCGAGUACGUUAUGAAUCGGACCAAACACUUAGAUAUUUGGUGCCAGGAGUUCCUCAAUCUACAUUUUGACGAGCCUAUCACGGUCUUACAUCUAGGCUGUGGCCUGGACUGUAGAUACCUGCGUAUGAGGACAAGCACCAACGUCCGGUGGAUUGACGUCGACCAGCCCCGUGUUGUCGAGGCACGGAAUUCCCUGCUCCCACAGCCACCCGGAGAUUACACUCUCCGGGCGCUCCAGGUCACGGUACCAGGCUGGCUAAAAGACCUCCCCAACGACAGAACAACACUGGUGGUGGCAGAAGGCUUGUUCCCCUUCCUCACAGCCACCGAGGGGAAGCAAAUUCUCCACGACAUAGUCAACUACUUCAGCCGCGGCCAGAUCAUAACGGACCACGUGAGUCCUAUGGUUGCACGGCUCUCAAGCUCCAUCAAGUUCCUGCGCACGAGCGGGUCGAGGUUUCAGUGGGGCGUGGGCGACCCAAAGAAGGAAAUCGAGCCCGUACACCCAAAGUUGAGAAUGAAGGGGUCCCUACACUGGCGUGACUUUAUGGAAGAGCAUCCGCCAAUUUUCGGUGGGACUAUGACGAGGAUGAUGGGUGUCUUUUUGCCGGGAUGGGAGAGCAAUCUCAAGCUUCUUCGCUUUGAAUACUGA